UCACAGGCGGCGCCACAGACGUGCGUGGAGUCAAACAUGGCGGGCGAAGGUAAUCCGUUUCUGGAUCCUGCGGGAGAAAACCCAAUCAGCUGCAAAAAUGAGGCGCCAACGGUAACCUACAACUGGAAGAACGUCACGCUCGACUUCCAAGAAGCCACCCGAGAACUCCAGCUGGGCGAGCUGCUACACGACGAAAUGUUCACCCUGUUCGAAGCGAUGUCGGCUAUCGAGAUGAUGGACCCGAAGAUGGAUGCUGGCAUGAUGUGCAACUUCGGCAACAAAAAAGUAAUGAACUUCGACCAGGCGCUGGCGGCCGGGAUCCUCAAGACGGCGGACCUGUCGACGAGUGAACACAUCGGCAUCAUGGACUCCACUCUGGCGUGCCUGGUCACCUGGCUCGAGGGCCACUCGCUGGCCCAGACGGUGUUCACCAACCUCUACCUCCACAAGCCCCACAUGAUCGACGACAAGGUAAUGAAGGCCUUCUCAAUAUGCAUCCUCAAAAUGGUGGACACGAUAAAGAACUUUGUCAACAAGGCGGCCGUCUUCGAAGAGGAAGACUUCCAGCCCGUGGUGUACGGCUACAAACUGGCCUGCGAUGUGACGGAGGUGCGGGCGGCGGGCAUGAUGAAGGAGGUCGAGGAAGAGCUGUCGCGUAAGGUCAAGUCGACGAGGGCCAAGCCUGGCGAAGACCUGGACGCCGCCCAGUUUGCCCAACACGAGGAGGCCCUGGCCGUGUAUACUCGGAUCAAGUUCUGUCGCCUGUUCCAGCAGGCGCUCAUCAUCUUCAGCAAGAAAAGCAGCGAUGGCGUCGAGGAGGUGGAGCGCCUGCUCCAGCAGUGCCUCGAGGUGCUCCCCGUUCUCCGCCGCACCAUCCCACUCGGUGUGCAGCCGGACCCCAAGGCCGAGGGCACCAACCGCGCCGACUACCCGACUGUCAUGGGCUUCGAGCCGCUGGUCAACCAGAGGCUCCUGCCACCCACCUUUCCCCGCUACACCAAGAUCAAGCCGCGCGCUGACACCAUGGACUACCUGGAGGCGCUGAUUGGACGGCUGCGUCACGUGUGCCGCAUCGUGGACUGCACCUCCUUCCACUCUGCCAUCGACUUUCUGGGCGAGUUCAGCAAGACCUGGCCGUGCGUCCUCUCAAGGUCGGUGGUGCAGCUGCUGUACCUGCCCUCGCCGGGCAGGGUGCUGGGCAGCCUGACCAUGGUGGAGGUGCUGAAGGACUCGGUGCGCUCCUUCAUCCGGCCGCCCGUGCUGGCCCAGCGUGGGGCCCUGUCCUCCCACCAGCAGGCUCGGGAGUUUGUGGACGCCUUCCUGGCCCACUGCGUGCGCCCCUUCACCUCCCUGGUGCACAUCUGCGGCCACAACCGGGCACGGCAGCGGGACAAGCUCACCCACCUGCUCGAGGAGCUGGCCGUGCUCCAGGACGAGGCCGACCGGCUUGACACCGUCCUGCACAGCAUCUCCGUCAAGCUCGAGGUCAUGCAGCACAUGGCCUGCUUCACAACCUGGGUGUUGCACCACGUGCUUAAGACCAUGAUCCAGUACCUGCUGUCGGGCUUUGAACUGGAGCUGUACUCGACGCACGAGUACGGCUACAUCUUCUGGUACCUGUACGAGUUCCUGUACGGCUGGAUGAUCUCGGCACUGUCGCGGGCGGACACCUUCCUCAUGGACCAGGAGGCCCGGGCGGAGCAGCAGGGCAAGGCCGGCCGGGGCGUCAAGAAGGGCAAGCGCAAGAAGAAGCCCUGCCCGCACAGCCGCGAGAUAUUUGUCAGCCAGGCCUACCAGAACCUCUGCGGGGGCUACUACAAGACCAUUGUGGGCUUCACCCUCGACGGAAAGCUCCGGCGGCCCUGCCCGGAAUUCGACAAGGAGCAGGUCCGCUACGAGCACCGGUUCGCCCCGUUCAACAGCAUCCUGACGCCCCCACCGGUGCAGUAUGCCCAGUACCGGGAGAUGACGGACCCGUACAAGUACCAGCCGCCCCCGACACCCGAGGACAUGUACUUGGCCGCCUGCAAGUGCUUCCAGAAUGCACGCAUGCUCCUUGACAACGUGCAGGACCUUAAUGAGGAGCUUACCAGCGUCAUGAAGGUGUCCAAGACAAACUUCAUUGUGGUCAAGCUCUUGCUCAGCGGCCACAAGAAGAACUCGUCCAGUCUGCCCGAGUUUGACUUCAGUCAGCACAAGAAUUUCCCCAUCAUACGCAUCUGAGACACACUUCAUCCGUGGUUCACGGAAGUUAGAAAAACUACCAGCCGUUUCUGCAGGGUGAAGGUGCCCGAAAAUUGUGGUUGGAGUGAGAGACCUCUUUGAAGGUAAACAUACAAUGGAUGUUUGGUGCACCAAAAUUUGUGAAGGAACUGCCAGGUGGUACGAAUUUUCUCUAAUGAAUUAUAUUGCUUAAUUUAGAUAGGAAGGCUUUGUGCAGCUUCAUAUACAAAUUAAAAUAGAUGCGUGCUGCUCAAUUAUAGAAUCCUUCAGACAUAGUUACGACCAGAGCGUUUGCCUGUCGAUGCCUUCGUGAACGAUUUGAAAACAAAGAACCUCCUCAUCAUCGUCUGUAAAUCAUUUUAUACGAUAGAAAAUAUUUAUAUGUUCACAAUGAAAUCGUGAGACUGCAGUACCGAGGGAAAAAUGAGGGAUGUACUCAUAUCACCGUCUCUUUUGUAGUACAUCAAUAUUGCUUUUAAUACAAAUGCGCAAGCUUACGUGUCUUACUUUCUCUUUUCAAUUUUCAUUGUUCGGUGCAGGCAGCUUAACUUCAAAUUAAAGUUCCUCCUAUUCUGAUGGUGCGAAAGGAGCCCAAUCUGACUCUUGGUCUCCCACUUCAAUCAUUGAAACACUGUUCAGAUGCCAAGCACUUUUUACUUUUCAUAGUAUGUACAAUAUAAGAAGUGCCAUAUGCGUGAACUACACUGAACUGCCAGCUACAAUCCAACAUUCUUGUGGUACAUAAUAAAGUUUAUGUUGCUAUCCAUA